AUGGGCGUGGUGGUGGUUGGCGGCUGGGGGAUCCCCACCCUGGUCAGCAAUUGGCUGCUGGUUACAAAUGGCAUCAAGUACUUCCUGGACGUGACCCUGCUGCGGGGACCGUGUGACCUGGUCUCCUGCGGGGAGCUGGAGCAGGUGUCCUGCCAGUUUGAGGUCUGGAGCCAGCCCUGGGCCAGCCGGCAACGGCUGAUGAAGCAGGAGUGUCGCCCAGCAGAGCUGGCAGAGAGAGUCCAGGAGCCGGCCCAGACCCUGGGGGGGCUGGACGAGACCCCAGGCGGGGUGAGCGAUGCUGAGGGACCUUCUCAGCCGGGCCAGAAUGCAUCACUCCAGCUAGCAGCCCUCUUCAGGGACUUCAUGAGCACCUACGGGAAACACUACAAGGAUGAGGAAGAGGCUGCACAACGGUUCGGGAUCUUCGUGGACAACAUGGCCAAGGCGCAGUGGCUGCAGGCGCUCGACCAGGGCACGGCCCAGUAUGGGGUCACCAAGUUCAGCGACCUCACAGAGGAGGAGUUCCGCUCCCUCUACCUGAACCCGCUGCUGGCCAAGCUGCCGCCGCGCCCAAUGAGACGGGCUGAAGCCCCCCGGGACCCACCCCCCGCCAGCUGGGAUUGGCGGGAGCAUGGGGCUGUCACCAGCGUCAAGGACCAGGGCAUGUGCGGCUCCUGCUGGGCCUUCUCUGUCACUGGCAAUGUGGAGGGGCAGUGGUUCCUUCGUCGUGGGGACCUGAUCUCGCUCUCGGAGCAAGAGCUGGUGGACUGUGACGGGCUGGAUCAUGCCUGCGGAGGGGGGCUGCCCUCCAACGCCUACGAGGCCAUUGAGAGCCUAGGCGGGCUGGAGACCGAGAGUGACUACAGCUAUGAGGGGCACCGGCAACGCUGCAGCUUCUCCUCGGACAAGGUGGCCGUCUACAUCAACAGCUCAGUGGAGAUCUCCCGGGACGAGGAUGAGAUUGCCGCCUGGCUGGCCAAGAACGGGCCCAUCUCUAUCGCCCUCAACGCCUUCGCUAUGCAGUUCUACAAGAGGGGGGUCUCCCACCCCCUUCGCUUGCUCUGCAACCCCUGGAUGAUCGACCACGCUGUGCUGCUGGUGGGAUAUGGCACCCGGGGCCGCACGCCGUACUGGGCCAUCAAGAACAGCUGGGGCGAGGACUGGGGGGAGCAGGGUUAUUACUACCUGCACCGUGGCAGCCGAGCCUGCGGCAUGAAUACUAUGUGUAGCUCCGCCCUUGUGGUCUAGGCCCUGCCCCCUCACCUCUUGCCCUGCCCUCACCCCCCCCAGAGAGAACCCAGGUGUCCUCCAAAGGGGCGGGGGGCGCAGAAUCACUGCACUUUAGAGUCUAAUCUAAGCUUGGGGGUGGCGCUAGACCUCAGGCCCCACCCUUCCAUCUCCAUUGGCUGCUAAGCCCUGACCCCUGGUUUCCCAGCAUGCCCAGUUCCUCCCAGUUGGAAAGGGUCACUCAUACUGGUACUAGCCCUUCCCCUACUAGUUAGCAAUUGGGAUCUCGGGGGUGGGACUGGGCGCAGCACGGUGGGAACCCAGGAGUGCAGGCUACCCCUUCCCCAGUGAUGGGCUGGACCUGCAGGCACUUGGCCCCUGCAUGCCCUGGUUCUCUUCCCCAGCUGGGGUGAGAAAGCAAGCCCAGCCCCUCUGCCCCUUCUUGGGGAAUGCACACGCAUGUGGGUGCAUGUGUACACAUAUCUGGCUGCGCUGGGAAGGGGUAUCCAUGUGCACAAAGGUAGCAUGGAUCUCUGCAUGCAUAGGGUAGUAAGCAGGGGUGUGCGUGCACAUGCUGGGAGUAGUGUGUAGAUGUGACGUGUGCAUGGGGUCUGUAUGUAUGUGUUCAUAUGUUCAGGGAAUCAUACAUGCACAUGUGCAUAGUGUGUACGUGGGUGUGGACAUGUUUGGAUAGUGUGCAUAUGUGUGUGCAAGUAUGUACAUGCAUGUGGAUUGCAGUGUACAUGCGUGCACGUUUGUGGUAUUGCGUACAUGCACGUGCACAGUAUACAUGUACAGGGGUGUGUGCUGAUGAUACACAGGCAGUCCUCGGACUCACGACACAAUUGGUUCCUGAAAACUGUCUUAAGUCAAAACGUCAUAACUCAGGACCAAUUUUCUCAUAAGAAACAGUGUUAUAAAUGGGGGAUUGGUUCCUGAACCAAGACCCGGUACUCUGUUGUCACCAAAAAUACCCCAGAAUUUGGUACUCGAUCAGUUAGAGAUGAGUAAUAUAGCUACAUUAAUGUAUUUAUACUGUAAAUAGUGAUCCUGUUGAUUUGGAAGGAUGUCUUUGAGGUGACUUUGCUGGAAUUUUUGAAAGGAUCUUGGGUGGAUGUUUUGAAGGGCUCUUGGCUGGAGUCUUCUCAGGAAUCCUGGCUGCUUUCUUAAAGAAAGUGUCCCAGGAAGUUAGGACAGACGUUCUCUAGGGUGUUGGGUGACACAGCGAACUUGUUCGCUGGCAUGGCGUCGCAUCGGAUCAAGCGUUGUAAAGUCAAAACUGGCGUCAUAAACUUGAAACAGGGUGUUGUUCUAAACAUUGUAAGGCGAGGACUGCCUGUACAUACAUGUGCAAUAGGGUGCGUGGUCUUUCACAUGGGUUUGUAUGUGCACGUGGGAAGGUGCAAGUAUGGCUGUAGCAUGUAUUCUCACGUUGGGGUGGCAGGUGCACAUGGGGGACAAGGGUGCAGGUGUGGUGUGUACACAUGCCACAUGCAACCUCAUGUGCACACGUUUUGGGGUGGCAUGUGCAUGCAGGGCUGUGCACAUGGGGUGUGAAUGGGUGCACAUGCAUGGGAGAAGCUGUAAGCGUGUGGCAUGAAUCUUCCGUGUGCUCUGUAGGGUACAGACACGGCUGGUGUGUGCCCAUGUAGAGGGCCAAGGAUCUGGGGUGCAGGCACAUGCUGUGUGCACACGUUCCUCGCGGGGGGGUGCUUGUGUGCACACAUUCCCAUGUAGUCAAGAAGUAAGUGUGUGGCUGGUGAUGGAUACGAGGGCAGGGAUAGGAGGUGCAAGGAGCUGUGGCGGGUGCAUGUGUACACCUGUGUGGGCAGGCGUGUGUAUGUGAGAGCCACACGUGUGCACAUCCCCACGGGACCCCAAACACUAAGUAUUACUAGUAUUAAUCCGAGUUGACACGAUAUGGUAAUCCCAGGGGGUAGAGCUCAAGGCAGAGGCGUGGCCAAUAGAGAACCCGCCCCCUCUCUUUGUAGCUCCGCCCCCUCCUCCCCGUGUGACGCAGUAGCGCCUCUCCUUAGCACUAUCCCCUGGUUCGCUCAGGACACAGGAACUGAACUAACACGCUGCACUUUGCGUUAGCGCCGGGGCGCAGGGAGCACGGCCUCCUGGCCUCGUACGAAUUAGCUGCACUAAGCGCGGCAGCCAGCUGGCUGCUCCUGGGGCAGAAGCCUGUGCUCGGCGCGUGCUUCCACCCGGGCUGGAUCUUCUACCGGAUUGGACCGCUGGUCCUCCCAGCCCUGGCUCUCCUCGGCUCUGAUUGGCUGGUGCCUCCCUCAGGGCAGGGGCGAGGAAACCCGCGGGAGCGGGGGCUGGAGGGCAGGGCGGGAUCUGCCGGAGCCCCGUGACCGCGUGUGCCAGGCUGCUAAUAAACGCCGCGUGCCCCA